AUGGCCGCCUCCAGCAGCCGGAGCCUAGCGGAGGUUCAACGUCGCGUCUCUGCUGUGCAUCACGAAAACGACUCGGAGGAACAACUGCACUUUUACGACGGCUGGGCUCCGGAGUAUGAGCAGGAUGUGAUAACGCUACAGUACCAAGCCCCCAGAUUGGCUGCUUCCUGUCUGGCCUCUGUGUUCCAGGGAUCCCUCGCAGAUGUUCUGGUACUCGAUGUGGCUUGUGGCACAGGGCUUGUGGCCCAGGAGCUGCAGGCAAAGGGCUUCUGCCGCUUCCACGGCCUGGAUGGAAGUUGGGGGAUGUUGGAACACGCGCGCCAAAAGGGGCUGUAUCAGGAGCUGAAUCUGUGCAGGCUGGACCAGGAAGCCUUGCCCGCACCCUCAGGCUUCUACGAUGCUGUUACAAUUGUUGGGGCACUCAGCGAAGGGCAGGUGCCCACCAGUGUCAUCCCAGAGCUGCUUCGCGUCACCAAACCAGGGGGCUUUCUGUGCUUGACUACGCGGGACAACCAAAGCAACUUGCGGUACAAGAGCCAAAUGCAGCAGCUGCUGGAUGACCUGGAACAGCGAGGACUGUGGGAAAAGGUCAAGGUGCAAGAAGUCGGCCAGUGGGAGAGGGCAACAUCGGAGCAAGAAGCCACAGAGGGGUCGGACUACAUUUCUGGGGUGAUCUACCUGUACAGGAAGACUCUGGGUGUCGGCUUUUGAGGGAGCAGCUUCACCUGCCACUUGCUGGGAGACCCCCAAGGAAGUUUUGGACUGAUAGGUGGCGAUGAGCUGGCAUUUCUGAAAGCCGUAGUUCCAGAGCCUGUUUUUUCCCCAUUUGGUCAGUUUUGCAACUUGUAGUAAUAAUAAAAAGCAAAAAAAAUGCACCUGGAAUCUUA